AUGUCAGUGCUCAAAACGCUUAUCAUCAACCCACGCUCGGGCGUCAAGCCCACCGCCACGCUCUUCUUCCUCCAUGGUCUUGGUGAUUCCAGCGCUGGCUGGUCCGAUGUGGCACAGAUGCUCUCGCAACGCCCUUCGUUGUCGCACGUCCGAUUUGUGUUGCCAAAUGCUCCCAUUCAGCCAGUUUCGCUCAAUAUGGGCAUGCCAAUGCCUUCGUGGUUCGAUAUCUUGGCACUUGACGAUCUCUCUGGAGCCGAAGAUGAAGCCGGCCUCCUCAAGUCCACUGAUGAGAUCAAGAAGCUGAUAAAGGCAGAGAACGAUGGUACCGCACAAGGCUUGGAUGGCCAGCAGAUUCCAAGUGAGCGCAUCGUCGUUGGUGGCUUCAGCCAAGGUGGCGCCAUUUCGCUCCUUACCGGUCUCACCAACCCCAAUGCCGUUGCUGGUGUUGCUGCUCUUUCGACAUGGUUGCCUCUGCGUGCGAAGAUUGCCACGCUCCGAACGCCCACCUCGAAGAACUUGAAGGUCUUCCAGGCGCACGGUGAUGCCGAUCCCGUUGUCAAGUACGAGUAUGGUCAAAGGACAGUGGCUUUCCUGAAGAAUGAGUUGGGAUUGGCUGAGAAGGACGUCGGAUUCCACACAUACCCUCGCAUGCCUCACUCGGCAUGUCCUGAAGAGAUUCGCGACCUCGCUGCCUUCCUCGAGAAGGUGAUCCCUGCUCAGUAG